AUGAAGGUACCGACAGGAGCAAUCCUGUUGACGGCAUCAGCACAAAGCGCGCGUGCAUUCUUUCGCGUCGGUUGCCAUGUUCUGGGGCAUGACAGGAUCGAUCCGAUCGUCUCGCCCGGCACUUUCUCUAGUCAUGCCCACGUACUCCACGGUGCCGCGACCAUCUCGCCCACCGCAGCAUAUGCUGAUCUACGUGCGGCACCUUGCUCGAGCUGCGAAGUCGUAGACGAUCUCAGCGCCUAUUGGACGCCAAUGCCCUAUUUUGCUUGGGCAAACGGCUCAUUCACUGCGCUGAAGCAGCAAGAUGGCAUCUUUGCGUACUAUAUGCGUCGACCGGUGGGCAACGAAACUGUACAAGCCUUUCCAGCAGGUUUCAAGAUGCUAGCAGGCACUUCUGCCCUACGCUCUUUCAACGCGUCCUCGCUAGAACAGCAAGGUGUCGCCUGGAGUUGUAGAGGCUCCAGUGCGCCGCAAAAUGCUGACGGCUCGACCGAUGGCUACAAUCUGCCCGUUGGGCAGACGUGCAACCUCGCGCUGCGCCUGAUGCUUCGAUUCCCUCAAUGCUGGGAUGGCAAGAACCUCGAUUCCGCAGACCACAAAUCGCACAUGGCCUACCCCAGUCAGGUCAUCCAAGGCACUUGUCCGAGCACGCAUCCUGUCAGGCUACCUUUCCUGCAAUUCGAGCAAAACUGGAAUCACGUUGACUAUCCAUUCUCGCAAGCUCUCAAUCCCAAUCAACCCAUUGUGCUCGCGAAUGGAGACGCAACCGGCUACGGCAUGCACGGUGACUUCUUCAACGGCUGGGAUGUUCCCAAGCUUCAGGCUGCGCUGGACACCUGCGAUCCCAACAGCACGGGCCAAGUCGGCAAUUGUCAAAAGCAGGUGCUCACACUGCGACCCAAUUUCUGGUCGACCACGUAUCAGGCCGCCGGUGUCUGUCAGCGUAGUCAGAGCGUCAACGAGCAAGUCAUGGGCACUCUACCUGCCCUGCCGGGUAACAACCCAAUCACGUCCGGGCCUGCCAACGCAGCUGCCCUUGCUGACCCCACACCGCCCUCGCUCUUCACGAAUUUGACAAGCUGGAACGGUUUGAUCGUACCGCCUGGUGUCGAGAUGCCUAUGGGCACGCCGGGAACCGUCAUGCAAAGUGGCAAUUGGUCCUACGUCGGCUGUCAGCCCUUGCAAAACGCAACAACAGCCAUGUAUGCGCUGCAGACAGCAGUGUCGCGCAGUAACAAUCAGACCGUCGAGGGCUGUACCAGCGCUUGUGCUGCACAAGGCCUCAGGUACUGUGGGCUCGAGAACGGCGUUGCCUGCUGGGGCGGCAACACGACUCAGUUUGCGCCCACGCCAUCUUCGUACGCAAACUGUAACGCCAUGGCAUCCGGCAACCUCACCGAAGGCGGCGGCGGUCCGCGUUUCCUAGCGGCAUACGUUAACACCGCUUGGCAGCAAAGCGUCUUCAUCGAUCCUGCCCCAAUCGCAGGCAGCAACUACCAAGGCUGCUACGUCGACCGGGUCUCGCCUCGCAUUCUCUCGCGCUCCCUCGGUACAUCCUUCGCCUCCCCGAAGCUGUGCGCCGCAGCUUGCCAGAAAGCAUCGACCAACUAUACCUACUUUGGCCUCGAAGGUGGCAACCAGUGCUGGUGCGAUUCGAAAUUGACCAGUGCAACGCCUGCAGUACCUUUCGCUGAUCCGAUCGCUGGAGGAUGUACCGCUGCAUGCUCGUCAAAUGCCACCACAUACUGCGGCGGACCGUACGGGAGGAUGUCUCUCUGGUCGAUACCUGCUGGGGCUGCUGCCAGUUCACCUAUCGCUCGUCUAGCGGCCACGAGCUCGAGCAAGACGACAAGCAGCACCCCUAAGCCCAUUUCAACGAGCAAAUCGAGCAGUACAAGCAAAGCAACAAGCACUGUGAAACACUAG